AUGACUUUCCCUCGAUUGGCAUCAAAUUGUCCUUCCGGUGAGGUGUUUCAGCUUUUCGUAGCGAAAUUUGGUGUAUCCCAUAAUCCAGGAUUGUCAGUGAAGAAUUCAACGAUAACUGACGAGGUUGCCUGUAAUGGUUUAUUUGUCAGGCAGGCAAAACUCCCAGAGGGUUGCAGAGAAGACGGUCUGGUUGAACUCCUAAGAAUCCCAAGAGAGUCUACCUUUUCCAUUCACACAAUACUAGAAAUUUUAAACGAUAAAUCCAAUUACAAGACCGAAGCUGCGUUUUUGAAAACCAGUUCAACAGUCAAGGAUUUAUUUGGAACGUUUUGUCAAAGUAGUGCCAUAAUCUCGCGAGUAUCGGAGACGCUUCUGCUGGUUGUCUAUUUUGUUAUUUUUGACUGUUUGAGCCGAAGUGCCUAUGAGCUUCCUAGCGUGAUAAAGUUAUAUCUGCAACAGGUUUUAUUGAAAACGGAAGUCGGCUCCCUGUAUUCCGAUCUACCUUUAAAAGACGCCUGUGUGGUCAGGCAAUUCUUUGGCCAUUAUGGAGUCGGUGGCAUUCUUGACGUCUUUGAAAUGGUGGUUUGUCUGGUGCAGAGAUCCUUUUCUCUAGAUGACAUUGUUGAAAGAACAAGUCGCAUUUUCGCAGCCAUCAGUUCACGAUGUCUUGAGAUUCCUGAAGAGCUAUCAUUAGACAGUGAGGACUUCACGGUGAACUCCACUUUAGUGCCAAUAUUGGAUUAUGCGAAUCAUGACAACGACAAAGUCAAUGCGCAUUUUGAUGUUGAUCGAGGAAAUUGCGACGUUGUACUACUUCUUGACAGAAAUGCACUUGACGAGAAAAACGACGAAACCGAAGUUUUUAUCAGUUAUUCACCCGUCGAAGAGUUGUUCCAGUUUGAAACAGCAUAUGGAUUUUUCCCGAAGCUAAGUCAAAAUUCGGCAGGCGUCCAGUUUUGGAACCUUUGCAUCGACCAAAACUAUUUUAAAGUUGAGAAGCCAUGGGGAAUAAAUCUUGACAUGUUCUAUAAGUGGUUCUCUAUAAAGCCAUGCAUUCAAUGUGUUUUAUACGAAGAUCAGGUCUUGAUUAAUGAUGCUAUAGAGGAAUUUGGAGAGUUUCUUCUUCCUUUUGCUCCCAAUCCUGUGCAUGGGGAGGAAUCUUGUUUCCAGUACAAUAUUCAAGCCUACAAGAGCUUUGCACGAUUUGCCUCUAAAGCUAAUGACAGAUCUGAAGAGGACUAUUUGCAGCACUUCCGUGAAUAUAUUGAUUCAAGAGAAAAAAGUAAAGACCAAGCAAUUGCAAUGCCACAAUUAGCAUGGACUUGUUAUUUCGUAGGUGAUCGUUAUACAUACGCAAGGCUCGAUAAAGGCCAGUGCAUUGAUGUGGUAUUCGAAUCUGAUGACGCGUAUGGUUGUACUAGAGACCUCUUCACGGACUAUCUUCGAAACUAUUGUUUUUGGCGUAUUCGUGCAUUGACUUUGCUGAAAUUCGAGGACUUUUCCUUAUCAGUCCAAAAAAUUGCUCGACUAGAGCUGCUUGUUCUAAACAAAAUCGUAGACCAAUUGAAUGCUGGGGAACCAACAUUUUGGACUGACUUGAAUGGGUCGACCACGUUAAAACUUCCCAAAUGUCCACUUCCACCAUUAUUACAAAUGUCAGGCGAAUGCCUGGCCGAAAUUAGCAGGCCUGAUACAAAUUUUGAAGAAUCUGAAUACACUGAUUUCUUCGAUGAAGAGCUUGAUCGAUAUCUUGAUUUCUUCACGCAACUUUCUUAA